AAGCUGUGAUCUAGUUUGCUGAAAUUUAGUUUGUAUAGAAUGUUGAAACUGAGUCUGGAAAAGUGAGAGCAUACAGAAGGCUCCAACUUGACUCUGCCUUGCCCAAAGAGUGUCUGACUUUUGCCAGCUCCUUUCUGGCUGAUGACAUGAUGGAUUGUAGGACCUUCAUUUUCAUGACAGAUGUCUGCACUCACAUCUAGGAAGCCAACGAUGGAAGACAAUGGACAGAACCUAUUGGAUGAUGGGCAUGAGAUAACAGAAAUACCGACUUUAGAAGCCAUAAAACAGAGUCUCAACUAUCUGAACUUGGACCUUGAGAAGGAUCUACAGAGGCUGGAUGAGGCCAAUCAGAUUCUCCUCAGAAAAAUUCAAAAGAAAGAGGAAUCUAUUCAAAGUCUUGAAAGAGAUAUUGCCCUGUCCAUUGGGAAAGUCUCAGAGAAGGAUGACCUCAGUGAGAUCACCGUGCAGAGGGAGAAUGCCCUGAAGGACCUGGAGCUGGAGACAGCAAAGCUGGAGAAAAAGAAUAAGACCCUAAGCAGGAAUGUCAUGGAACUUCAGAAAAAGAUUUCAAGAGGACUUAAAAAUGCUGGCCCUGAUUCAGAAACUGUGAAAAAGAAAAUAGCAGAAUUGAAGGUGAAACUACAAAAGUCGACCGAGUCCUGUGCACAACAAGAGAAGGAAAUGGCUAAGAUGGAAAGUGACUACCAAUCUGUAUACCAGCUCUGUGAAGACCAGGCCCACUACAUAAAGAAAUACCAAGACAUUCUGAGGGAGAUGGAGAAGGAACAAGAAAUGACACUGCUUGAAAAAGAAAUAUCCAAAGCCCAAAAUGACUCUUCCCAAACAGUGGAACCUGGGGCAAUCCUGGUAGAGACCAUUCAAAGCAACAUGGAGAAGAAAAUCGUCAAGAACCAGAAGAGAAAGUUUUUGGUUAGGCACUUCCGGUACCUUUUCUUCAUGAUCAUGGUCUUCGUUCGGUUAUUGGGUUAUCUGUUGUUCCACCUACAGUACAUAAACCCGGACUUUCUCGUGGACACUCUGCCCGUGCUGAUGAGCAGAAGCACACUGAAGUGGCUGAGGGACAUAUUGUUUCCCUUCCUUACUCUAGAGGUGGAAGAUGUGCUACCACACUAGUGUCAGGUGACCUGCCAGGCCUCACAUUGCACCCCUAAUGGAGGGGCCAUGGCUGUGGCCCUGGGUUGGUGAUGUGGGCCAGGGAGAAACUGGAAGCCUAUGACUCAGAGCCUCUAUGUGACAGCUGAGCUUUAUAUUUAAUUCUCUUCUGGAGUGUCUCUCUGUCAAAUACAGAAUGCAUUUGACCA